GCCGGGUCAGUCUGCCUGGCAGCACGAACCGAGUCAGAACGCAGCCGCGCGCCCAAAUCUACCGCCGCGGAAAAGUGCUCUAUGUGCCCCAAGUUCCCCCAAUUUCCCGCCAAAAUCACUCUCAUUCUCCGCAGUUUUUGAUGUCGGUUUUAAAGUGCGCUUGACCGGCGGCUUCAGCGUUGUGUUAGAGGUGCGCAUGUGGUUUGGUGUGCGGUGCCGCGGGUGAUUGACCUGGCUCCGUUGGUCUGGGAUUCGUGUUGAUUUUGGGUGUGUUUUUGUGAGUGUUUUGGAUUAGCCGUGUUUUUUCACGACGCAAGUCUUGGCGUCCUCGAAGAGUUUGCAGAGGAGUAAUACGAGGUUCAAGGAGUCCUCUGUCUGGUGAAGGAGGGGCGGAGAAGGCGACCGUGCUCUCGGUGGAGCGGGACGCAGGGGGCAGCAGGAUGCCCAAGCUCAAAAGCAAACAGCAACAGUGCAUCCAGCACAACCUCCUCACCAUCGUCACCGUUGCUGGGGUUGCAGGUGGAGUCGUCCUAGGAUUUAUUCUCCGGGGUUCCGCGUCCACGCCAUGGACGAAGCGGCAGAUCAUGUACGUGUCGUUCUUGGGGGACUUGUUCCUGCGUAUGCUGAAGAUGAUGAUCAUCCCCCUGCUGGUCUGCUCGAUCGUGCAGGCCGUCGGGACACUGGACCUCUCUUUGUCGAAGAAGAUCGGUCUCCGGGCGAUCGGCUACUACGUGGCCACGACGUCACUCGCCGUCAUUCAGGGCAUCCUCUGGGUCGUCCUCGUUCAGCCCGGCGUCGGGGGUGAAGACGACCCCAACGUCCCCAAAGUGAAGGUCGCUUCCCGGAACGUCACGACCGUAGACACUCUUCUCGAUCUCUUAAGGAAUCUCUUCCCGCCAAACAUUAUUCAGGCUACGAUUUUCCAAUAUCGGACUGUCCUGGUGCCAACGACUAAACCCAACUCAACGGAACCCGAGACCGAUCUUUACAAGUGGGAGAUCAAAGAUGAGUGGACCGAGGGCUCAAACGUGCUCGGGUUGGUCAUGUUUGCGGUGGUUUUGGGUAUCACGCUGGCCCGCAUGGAGGAACAUGCCAGGAGGCCUCUCCUCAACGUUUUCUCGAGCAUGUCCGACGCCGCAAUGAUCAUAACCAACUGGAUUAUUUGGUUAUCGCCGUUCGGUAUCUUGUUCUUGGUCUCGUCCAAGAUGAUCGAGAUGCAGAGCUUGGCCGUGAUCGUCGGGAAGCUGGGCUUCUACUUCCUCACCGUCCUCAUGGGCCUCUUCUGCCACGGCUUCAUCCUCCUCCCGGCCAUGUACAUGUUCUUCACCAAGAAGUCCCCCAUCCGCUUCGUCUCCAACAUGAGCCAGGCCAUCGCCACCGCCUUCGGAACCGCCUCCAGUAAUGCGUCUUUGCCGGUGUCGAUGCGAUGCCUGGAGGAGGACAACGGGGUGGACCCACGAGUUUCGCGCUUCGUCAUGCCGAUCGGAGCCACAAUCAACAUGGACGGCACCGCCCUCUACGAAGCCGUCGCCGCCAUCUUCAUCGCCCAAGUCCGUCAGGUCCCUCUCAGUUUCGGUGACGUCCUCGCCGUCAGUGUGACGGCAACUUUCGCCAGUAUUGGUGCGGCAGGUAUCCCUCAAGCUGGUCUUGUCACAAUGGUCAUGGUAUUAGACACGGUGGGCUUACCAGCGGAGGACAUCACGCUCAUCAUCGCUGUCGAUUGGCUUCUGGAUCGAUUCCGGACGGUGGCCAACGUGUUGGGUGACGCUUUGGGCGCGGGAAUCGUGGAGCACUUGAGCAAGGACGAACUCGAGAGGAUGGACCAGAUCGCCGCCGCGGCCGCCGCGGCCGCCGACCGACCCAACGGCGACAAAGUCCGCUCCGACGACGAGUGGAACACCACCUCCAUGUGAAACAACCCUCGGGGAGGCCCAGUCAUGCUUUGAUUCCCACUCGUGCUGCCCUCUAUUGUGAUACAUCGUACUGCUGAAGACAUUCAUUGUCAACUCUGGAUUCAGCCAUUCACUCUUUCCUGACUGAGUCAACGUAAAAAGAAGUCGGCUUGACUCCAGCGUAUUUUCCUUGUACAUUUUGUCUAUAAUUAUUAAUCAUUUCAAAAGAAUACCACGAUUAAGUGUCAGAAAUGGACGUAUCUAUGCUAAAACAAACUAUGUUGCACAUGAACCAUAUGCAUUAAGUUCCUUUUAGCAUGAAUACAUCAAAAUGAAAAUUAAUUUUAUCUUGAACAUGUUUUACAACAGAUCAAAGUUUAAUGAAAGCAUUAGUACACUCUUAAAUUAUUUGGAGUAAACUAAGUUCACUCCAAAGAUGAAUUUAUAACCGCAGCGGCUAGCAUCCAAGUCAAUGCUCUCCAAUAAGUUAUUUUUUAUUAUUUUUUUUUUUUUUUUGGUGCACCGCCCGUUUUUUAGCAAGAAAGAUGCUCCUUGCGAGAAAAAAUUUUGCCGCUCUAUAUUAAAGAGGAUUUCAGACAAAAUCGAAUAAAAAUGUCAUGCAAACAAGUGCAUGAUUUUUCGCGUUAAUUAAGGUUACUUUCUUGAAGUCAUUCUGAAUCUUUAAGACGUUAUACAAAACCUGAAUUUUGUACACAUAUAUUUUAGUCUACGUGUUCAUCGUUAUUGUUAUGUAAAUAACGUACUCGUAAUAUUUACCAAUAAUUUUAGUAUAGGGGCUGAAGACGAAUUUGUCACCAGCUCCGCAUGAAUAAAGUAGGCAACCGUUUCCCAAACGUCGGCUUCUUUUUCGGAGUGUACAAUCCGUAUUUUUUAGAAUGUACAGAGCUGCGCUGGAAUUGUCAAUUUUAUGUUAUUUUUCUAUGCGUCUAAUUGACUCUCAGAAUCCUAGAUUCUCUAGGAGAAGAAAGGAUAUGACCUUGUUAAAAACCUUUUUCUUUUGCCGUUUAAUUUGUUGCCGAUGUUUGUUUGUAGACAAAGUCUAAAAAAAUUAGUAUUUUAGUGUGUUUUUCAUCACAAUUAAAAAUGUUGAGCAAAAAUGUGGAAAAAGCCUGCAAUUUGGAAAGGAAUUACGCAGUAGUAUUACAGUUUUUUCUCGGUUGAUCUCUAGUUUAUCUUUCUGGAAAGGAAACAAUUUUAUUUUAAG